AUGAAUGAAUUGAUUGAGACAAUUUGCUUUGAACGAAAUCGAAUGGCAUGGCGAUCAGUCGGUCAGUGCGAAAGUCUAUUUCUCGCUCGGAAGUUUAUGCGGUGGCAUAAUUAUUAUUUGAGUUUAAUUUAUCGUGUCAGUGUUGAGAAUCCUUUGCUCUUAUUUUAAUAACUGACAAUUUGUAGUGGAAGACUCUAUUACAUCAAAUUAUUUCGAGGAAUUCUCUGUGUAAUUGUGAAGGCAAUGAACAUUUUAGUGCAUAUGUGCACUGAAUAAAGAAAUAGUGUCCUCAAAUGGUGUUUGGUCUGUGAAAGCCGAGAAGCCGGGCGUCUGCUGCCAUGUUUUUAUUUGAUUUAUCCCGUAGAAAUGUUUUGUGUUGUUAUAAAUCAUAACCUCAAUCGUUCGUCUUUGUGAUACGUCGAACAUUUUUCGUCGCCUGGUGCGAGGUCUACUGCAACAGUUAAAUUUAUUUGUUAUAUAUGAUUCAACGCGAGUAUCCAAUGAACAACGGGUUUAGUACAGGAGAAGAGGAUUCUAGAGGAAAUUCCGAUCAAAUAUGUUGCCUAGUGGAUGACGGCGAGCGAUGCAGGCGCCCCGCGGGCAACGCCGCUUACAGCAAACGCAUUCAAAAUACAGUCGUCCAAAAGAGGCUCAAACUUAACAUUGACCCUCAGACAAGGCACACAUACAUAUGUGAUGACCAUAAGACAAUGAUUCAGUGUGCAAGGACAAAGCAGAGGAGGCCCAAGGACUCUGAGGACGACAGUAAUGAAGCAGAGAUGGAUUCCUUAGAGGUUGAUUGGUUCCAGCUGCAAGUGAACACCCUGAGGAGGUAUAAGAGGUAUUACAAGGUGCCUACCAGGCCAGGGCUCAAUAAACAAGGACUAGCUGAUGCUAUACAGAAACACUUCAAGUCAUUGCCAGUAAAUGAAAAGGAAAUAGUGACAUACUUCAUUUACAUGGUAAAAACAAAUGGCAACAAGUUGGACCAGAAAAAUGGCAUGAACUCAGAUUCUGUGUAGGCUAAUGUGUAUGUGACUAAUUUAUAGACAAAGUGUGUAGUUUUAAUUAUAGCUUUAGGUAUUAUGUUAUUUCUCUUCCCAAAUUCUCAAUCAAUAAACUUAAAACUGUGUUAUUCAGAUACAAAAAACAGGUUCAAACAAAAUCUGUUACAUCAAAUAUUGAAUGAUGUAGGUACAUAUUUAUAUGCUUCCAAGUGAUUUUUAAGGACAAAAAUAUAUUUAAAUAAACCAUCUGAAUAGCACAGUUGCAUUAUAGAAAAUAUUUUAGAAUGUUAUAAUAGAUUCAAUACAUACAUAAUAUACAAUUUAAAAUUAUUAUUAAGUCCAAUUAAAAUGUCUACAAAGUGCAAUGAACUUGAGAUCAUACAUUCUAUCUUUUAUUCUACUACUUCUACAAAUUUCUGUGUAGAAUUUGUCACCCUUAAAAGUCUUGAUGAGCUUUGUAUGACUUUUAUGUAGAGAUUGUAUUCAUAGUUCUGGUGAACUCAAUUUUAAACAUGAUCUAUUUAUUUCCUUUUAGUAUAGUUAGACAAUAUUUUGUAUUAUAC